ACUUACUUCCUGAAGCACUUGGGGUAUGGAUGGCUUGUGGUAAGCUCCUGGGAUACCUCUUUCCUUUCCCUCUUAAGGGAUCUAUUUGGAUACAAAUGUGUCAAGAGAAGUAGAAAAAGACAAGUGUUUGUUAUCUGGUGCUAUUAGAGUCCUCUCUUGAUUAACAGUGGCAGGCCAUUGCAGUCUACUAAUAGGCAACCAAACUGGCAUUUUUGGUGAGAUCUUGCAGGGAGACUCCUGCUGCACAGUUUCUGGGUAUGAAAUUUUCUGUAGCUAAACCUUUUCCAACCUACACACCCAUCUGCUUGCUCCCAUCCUGUCAGUUUACCCACUGGUUACGUGAAUGUGUGUGAGUCAGGGUGGAGAUCUUUUCUCUCUGCAGCGAGAUAUUUUGAUAAUGGCAAAACAACUUCAAUCCAGGUACGCUGUGGUUUCUAUUCAACCCACUGGAAACUCACUUCCUUGUGAUGUCGAAUAGUGGCAUACAGACUACUUAAGUCUGCCUUCUUUCUGUGCCCUGCCAUUUCUCAUCAAUUCUCUUUGUCCCCCUUUUCAAGUAGACACACGGGGUCAGUCACUCAGUCUGCUGCGUAAGCAGAUGUGGAACUGAAGAAUGGGAUGGAAGUCUGUUCUAGGCUCCUCUGAUCUUCGUGAGUGAUUUCUGUUAGAGGCCCCUGCCACUGUUUUGGUGAAGACCUCCUCCUUUUCCCUGCGUUCUCCCUGAAGACUUACAGUUCUUUCCCUCUCUUCUGUCAACUGCUCUUGCAGAGUGGAAGGAUGGUGCUAAUUAGGGUGCCAGAGCCAUGCCUGACUCUACAGAUAUUUGAUCCUCGAUGUCUAUAUAUCCUCAGCUUUGUGUUUGUCAGUGAUUGUGGGGCACCAGGACUAGUCCCACUCGACAUGUUUUAACAAAUAAUAGUGAAGUCUUGUGGGCCUGAUGAGGUCUCACUGUACAGAAUUUAAUUUUUCUUUGCUUUUUCUUAUAUCACUCAGGCUGUUUCUGUGUUUUGCUUUAUUUUUUGGCUUCCUGGUUCCUGACCGAUGAGGUGUUAAGUGUAAUUAUGUUAAUUUAUGACUGGUUUGUAAGAUCUAACUAUACCUUAGAGUAUGAGUAAAGCUGAAGGAGAAAUUUGGGUUGGGAGGCAUGUUAAUAAUAUAAUUGUGUCUGGUUUUACCUCAUGUAAGUUUUACUAAAAAUAUAAAUUCAAAUGGAAAUACAAUGUUUGAAACUUUUUCCUUCCAUUAUUUAAAUAAAUCAGUUAAAUCUGGUAAAUGAUUCUUGUCUGAUGAGGAAGAAACAACUUUCUAUCUGGAAACUUAACGUUAAUCUUUGAUGCAGUAAUUAUGGGUUACUUCAUCCUUCGUUCAACAAAUAGUUACUGAGGGUCUUGCAUGUGACAGCCACUGUGUUAGGCAUUGGAGAAACAACAGUAAAUAACAAAUCCCUGCUGUCAUGGAGCCUACAUUACAGUGUGGGGAAACAGACAAGAAUCAGUGUAAUGUUCAAGCUCAGAAAUGCCUUAUGUGGAUCGUCAGAAUCGGAUUUGUGGUUUUCUAGACAUUGAAGAAAAUGAAAACAGUGGGAAAUUUCUUCGAAGGUACUUCAUACUGGAUACCAGAGAAGAUAGUUUCGUGUGGUACAUGGAUAAUCCACAGAACCUACCUUCUGGAUCAUCACGUGUUGGAGCCAUUAAGCUUACCUACAUUUCAAAGGUUAGCGAUGCUACUAAGCUAAGGCCAAAGGCGGAGUUCUGUUUUGUUAUGAAUGCAGGAAUGAGGAAGUACUUCCUACAAGCCAAUGAUCAGCAGGACCUAGUGGAAUGGGUAAAUGUGUUAAACAAAGCUAUAAAAAUUACAGUACCAAAGCAGUCAGACUCACAGCCUAAUUCUGAUAACCUAAGUCGCCAUGGUGAAUGUGGGAAAAAGCAAGUGUCUUACAGAACUGAUAUUGUUGGUGGCGUACCCAUCAUUACUCCCACUCAGAAAGAAGAAGUAAAUGAAUGUGGUGAAAGUAUUGACAGAAAUAAUCUGAAACGGUCACAAAGCCAUCUUCCUUACUUUACUCCUAAACCACCUCAAGAUAGUGCGGUUAUCAAAGCUGGAUAUUGUGUAAAACAAGGAGCAGUGAUGAAAAACUGGAAGAGAAGAUAUUUUCAGUUGGAUGAAAACACAAUAGGCUACUUCAAAUCCGAACUGGAAAAGGAACCUCUUCGCGUAAUACCACUUAAAGAGGUUCAUAAAGUCCAGGAAUGUAAGCAAAGCGACAUAAUGAUGAGGGACAACCUCUUUGAAAUUGUAACAACGUCUCGAACUUUCUAUGUGCAGGCUGAUAGCCCUGAAGAGAUGCACAGUUGGAUUAAAGCAGUCUCUGGCGCCAUUGUAGCACAGCGGGGUCCCGGCAGAUCUGCAUCUUCUCAGUCAAGUAUGAGACUCUCUGCAAAAACAAUGUCUGUUGGGAAGAGGAAAAGUUGGAGAAGGAUAUGCGGCAGGCCAGAAGGCUGUCGAACCCUUGUAUACAGAGGUAUACAUCAAGAGCUGGUGAAUGCAGCACGAGCAUCCCCCCGGUCCUUCAGAAUCCAAACACGCUUUCCGUCCUACCAACGCAGCCGCCGCCACCUCACAUUCCACAGCCUCUCGCAGCAACUCUUUGGUCUCAACCUUUACCAUGGAGAAGCGAGGAUUUUACGAGUCUCUUGCCAAGGUCAAGCCAGGGAACUUCAAGGUCCAGACUGUCUCUCCAAGAGAACCAGCUUCCAAAGUGACUGAACAAGCUCUGUUAAGACCUCAAAGUAAAAAUGGCCCUCAGGAAAAAGAUUGUGACCUAGUAGACUUGGACGAUGCGAGCCUUCCGGUCAGUGACGUGUGAGGCAGAAGCGCACGGAGCCUGCCUGCCUCUGCCGUCCUCAGUUUCCUUUCAUGAGGCUUCUAGCCAAAGAUGAUAAAGGGGGAAAUGGUUUUUAGUGCGUAUAUUAUACUGCCUCUUAGGUGUACUCUUUAUAAGCUGGUAACCAAGAAUCUAGGGAGUGGCCAAACUAAAUAUAAUUUCUUUAAAAAAGAAAGAAAAAGGAAAAAUCCAAAAUAUCUCAGUAUCAUCUGUCUGAAGCAUUGUGUGUUCUCAUUCGGGUGGUAACAAUGUAUGUGUAAUAUUUUUUUCUUAGUGAUUUUGACAGUUUAAAUGUUUAACAACUUAAAACAUUAAAAAUGCUUAUUAAUAACUUUGGUCAUUUAAAAAAUGCUACAAUGACUUCCUAUUAAAGGUUCAAUAUUUACACAUUCUUAUUGGUUGAUAUUACCACAUGAAAUAUUGCCAGACCAAGAUACCUAAACUCAUGAUGUCUGUGGUGCUGUAAAAUUUAUACUAAAAUGUGGACUAUUUUGAAAUUAUAACCAUUUUUGAUGCCCUGAAUCUUGAGGUGACUUAUUUUGCAUAGAGGAUAUGGAUGGACCAACAGUAAGGGUUGUGGGUUAUACCGGCAUAGAGAAAAGAAGAGAACUAGAAUUGAAACAACUGUGUCUUAGACAUUUGUUUGAAAAAGCUUCAUCAGGCCUUGGAGCAGUCACUGCUUUAUUCCGCAAAAAUUAUUUGGUAGGAAAUUUUUGGGAGAUCUGAUUUUCUUAUCCAAGUUUUGUAAAUAGUUGUUAUUUCUAUAUUUGGAUUGGUGAAAGACCUCGAGUUUAUAUGUAAAGACAUAACUGCCCUUAGUCAUGAAAUUGUUGUGACCUCUACUUUUUGUCACUAAUAGCCUAUAUUCAAGUGCCUGUGUUUUUUCAUCUUGUUUAGGAAUGUUUUGAGAUUAAUGUGCUUAAAAGUCCUACGUGACUGAUUUUAAACAUUGUGAUAAAAUUAAUUUUCAGUAGAAUAGUUGAAUGUGUUAAGAUAGGAUUUUAUGUUAGAGAUACCAGAAUGCUGGUAUUCUACUACCUGUGCAAUAUAUAUGUUUUAAAAAACAAAUUUGAGAAUACAUUUAAUCAUAGGGAUAUAGAUAUAAGCACCUCUCUAAAGAAUCUUUAGUUUCCGACGUUGAAUUAUAGACCAGUUUGAGUAAGUACUGCUUUUUUUUUUUUUGGAGACGGGCUCUCGCUCUGUUGCUCAGGCUGGAGUGCAGUGGCGUGAUCUCAGCUCACUACAGCCUCCACCUCCUGGGUUCAAACAGUUCUGCUGCCUCAGCUUCCCGAGUAGCUAGGAUUACAGGUGCAUGCCACCACACCUGGCUAAUUUUUGUAUUUUAGUAGAGAUGGGGUUUCACCAUGUUGGCCAGGCUCGUCUCGAACUCCUGACUUCAGGUGAUCCACCCAUCUCAGCCUCCCAAAGUGCUGGGAUUACAGGCAUGAGCCACCAUGCCCGGCCCAUAAGUACCGUUUUUGAGGUUCAGUCUUAAACAUUUGCUUUAAGAAAACAGUCUUGAAUUUCACAUGCUGCUAUUUUUAUAUUUUGCCAUUUUACAGUACUGUUUUGUUUUGAAUUCAUGCAUAUCAUUGAAAAUUUCUCGUUUUCAUUUUCUUAGAUGACUUCUUGUCUGAGACAGAAAAAUUUCCUACUACAGCAGUGCGGUCCAGAGGUUAAGAUGUAUUAGAAUUAUACAAUAUCAGUUUAAAAAUCUGUAUGCAUAAAGAAUGCACCACUCAACUUUUUUAUUCAUAAGCUAAUAUUUUUUUAAAGUUAUAUUAAGAUUUUUUCUCUUUUGCAGCUACACUUGAAAGUGAUAGAAUAAAGAGAUUUUAAUGAGUUAUCACUUUUUCAGCUGAUAUAUUCAUUUUAAUGGCUUUUUUGAAAGUUCCUUUUUCAUGAACACACCCGAGAAAUCUUAAAUAGACACUUUGCAAUAUUUAAGAACCUAAUGCUGUUUAAUUUUGGUACAGCUUCCACAUUGCAUGUUCACUUUAGUAUUUGCAAUUUGAUAUAUUUCAUGGUGGCAAAAUAUUAGCUCUGUUUUGGGACAUUUUAAAAUAGAACUAUCCUUGUUCGAUAGCAUAGGAAAAUGUUCUGGUGAUUGUCAGGGUCUCCUAAUAUUUAUCUCAAUUCUUUUAUAAGUCUAUGGAAAUUAUUUAAUUAUUUUAAAACGUACACACUUUUCUUGUAAAUAUGUCACAUCUGAGUUCAAAAAAAUUACUUUGAAUACCUUAAUAUUUGCUGCAUUUUUUUCUGUAUAUAUAACAUGUCUUCUUUCAGAAUGGGAAUAUAUGUGUGCCUCCCAACAUUUACUGUUAAAGUGUGUUAUCUUUAUAUGUCAAACUGGUUGAACACUGUAAUGACUUGAGAAUAAACUGCACAGAGUUUAUUCUGA